AUGACCGCUGGGGCUGAUUACUACACAGUGGAAGGGGUGACAGAUCAGGGCCAGAUGGUCUCCUGCGUCACCAGCGACACUUACUGUGCCUUGUACGGCUUUGACUGUGGCCAGAUGUACAAUAUAAACGUCACAGCAAACAAUCAGGUCUGCCAAGGCCCGUCAAUCUCGACCGAACCCGCUUCAAUAACAACGGAGCCUUGCCCACCCCAAAACGUGCAGACCACUGUGCAGUGUCACAGCGACGUGGGCGUCGUGUCGUGGGAAGCCAGCUUUGGGGUGGUGGGCUACGUGGUAAGCCUGGCCGGACGUGACGGCCACUCUCUGUCCUGCUCCACCAACGAAACGUUCUGUACAGUGGAAGGCCUCCACUGUGGAGUCAUCUACUACACUAACGUCAUCGCCAUCGGAGAGACGACCAACAGUGACGAGUCCACUACUGUCCUGCUGGUCUCAGCUCCCUGUGCAGCUGAAAAUGUCGAAGCUAAUUUGGAUUGCGACAACAACACAGCCGAAGUCUCCUGGAGCUCAGCCAACGGAGCAGACUCUUACACUGUGAACGCCGUAGAAGAUGAAGGCCACGUAGCUUCAUGUGAGACCGAUGAGCUACAGUGUGUUCUAACGGGUCUGCACUGUGGUCACACGUAUAACAUCAGCCUCACAUCCAACAGCGACCACUGCCAGACUGAGACAACAAAUAUUGUCACCUUAAUCACAAUAGACCAGCAGUGUGGGAACAGCACGGCCAACAUGUUCUGGGAGGAAGGCAAAGGAGUGGAGCUCUACCUGGCUACUGCCACCUGCAGCAUGGGAAUGACCAUGCAGUGCAACUCCACCAACUCCACCUGCAGGUUCUACAACUUGCACUGCGGAGACACAUUCACGUUCUCUGUGACUGCGUACACUCACAUGUGCUACAGUGACAUCAGCAGCACUGUGGAGAUCCAGACAGAACCCUGCCAGCCGACUGGCCUGACAGUCAGUGGGUCAUGUGACAACGAUACGGUGGUGUUGGAUUGGUCGGCGGCUAAAGGUGCGUCAGGCUACGUGGUCACCACCACAGGAGACAUAGGAUACACCUCUUCUUUCCAAACCAACGAGACAACGGUGGAGGCUGAGCUGCCGUGCGGACAAUCAUUCACCUUCACUGUAAAAGCUCAGGGUGACCGAUGUGACAGCGCUGUGAGCCUGCCUCAAGAGUUCCAGACAUCUCCCUGUGUGCCCGUGCAUGUCCAGAGCUUCACAUCGUGUGAGGACAGCCUGGGCUCAGUUAGUUGGGCUGAGAGCGAUGGGGCGGACUCUUAUUUGGCCAUCGCAGUUGGACAGGAUGACCACACCCACAUGUGCACCACAAACACCACCAGCUGCACCUGGGACGACCUGCACUGUGGGGACUUUUACACCGUCCACAUCAUCGCCAACGACUACAUGUGCAGCAGCAUGCCGAGCAACAGCACAACAUUACGAAUGGCGCCGUGUAUUCCUCAGAAUUUGACAACCUCUCUGGACUGCACUACGAAGGUGGGAUCGCUGACCUGGAAUGCCAGUGACACUGCUGAGUUUUACAUCGUGACGGCAGAGUCCAACAGUGGCCACAAAGUGCAGCUCGGCACCAACGACACCUGGACCUUCAUUUCUGAGUUUGAGUGCGGCCAAGAGUACUUCCUGUCUGUUCAGGCGGCAGACUCUGUGUGCACAAGCCGACCAAUGCCCUGCCCGCCCAUUGGUGUCUCCAGCUUCAUGAACUGCGGUUCUAACAUCGCUGUAGUGUCUUGGACCGCCUCGGCUGGGGCGAAGUAUUACACCGCCACGGUGACGCAGGAAGACGGCCAAUCAAUGAGCUGCUGGUCUGACAGCGAGCAGUGUGGCAUGCCAAAUGUCCAGUGUGGACAGAACUACACUGUAAUGGUCGUCGCCUCCAACGAGGAGUGUAACUCUGACCCCAGUGAGGCCGACACACUGCAGUCAGUGCCGUGUGUUCCUACUGACGUGGAGGUGACGAUAGACUGCUCCAAAAAUCAGGCUCUCGUUGACUGGAGUGCCAGCGAAGGGGCUCUGUCCUACAAAGCGACAGCUGAGAGCGUACAGGGAGCCUUGUCCUCCUCCUGCAUCAGCACAAACCUGACCUGCACCCUCACCAACCUGACCUGCGGGCACACAUACUCCGUCCAGGUGGUGGCUGAGGAUGAUAUUUGCUCAAGUUUACCCAGCCCAGCUAUAGACUUUGAAUCAGGUAAACAAAUUAAUGGGCAUGAAUCACCUUUGGAUGUUUACUUGUGA